UAGGGGGAAAAAAAAAAAAGGACGUCCAUCCUUACCCUUUUUCUCCCCUCCGCUCUGCCUUUGCUCCCGCGAACUCGAGGGAAGGGGGGAGAGAGGAUGUGCCAGAACCCUAGCCCUGGCUCCAAUUCGAACCCUAACCCUAGCGGGGAGGAGCAAGCUAGGGAGGGCAAGAAGCAGGCCCAGGUCCAGGAGCUCGCCCGGAGGCUUGCCGACGGCGACGUGGCGGCCCGAGUCCAGGCGGCGCGGGACAUCCGGAAGCUGGCCCGGGCCUCGGCGAAGGCUCGUUCCGCCUUCGCCGUCCCAGCCGUGGUCCAGCCCCUCGUCUCCAUGCUUCCAUCUCCGGACCCCGAGGCCCGGGAGUCCGCCCUCCUCGCCCUGCUCAAUCUCGCCGUCCGCAACGAACGAAAUAAGGAUGAGAUAGUGAAGAGUGGCGCUGUGCCCCAUCUCAUAGAGCUCUUGAGAUCUGAGAUCGGCAGCCUGAGAGAGUUAGCUACUGCAGCAGUUCUGACGCUCUCAGCCUCACCAUCUAACAAACGAACCAUUACUUCUUCUGGUGCAGUGCCCCUUCUUGUUCAGAUACUCAUUUCUGGAAGUAUCCAAGGAAAGGUUGAUGCAGUCACUGCCUUGUAUAAUCUCUCCACUUGCAAGGAGAGUCCGAAUCUUACUCUUCCUGUGGAAGCAGUCAAGCCUCUUCUGAUCCUCUUAAAAGAUUCCAAGAAAUACUCCAAGUUUGCUGAAAAAGCUGCUGCCCUCCUUGAAAUCAUCUCGAAAACUGAAGAAGGAUGGACCUCGAUUUCAGAAUUUGAUGAAGGGAUUCUGACUCUGGUAGAGACCAUUGAAGAAGGUUCUCUGCUUAGCACAGAAUAUGCAGUCGGGGUGCUGUUUUCCUUGUGCAGGAAUUGUCGAGCGAAAUACAGGGAACUUAUCCUAAAAGAAGGGGCAAUUCCUGGGCUUUUAUUGUUAACUGUGGAGGGCACAAAUAAAGCCCAGGCAAGAGCCCGUGAACUUUUGGAUAUGCUCAGGGAUGACUCCCGGCCGAAGAGAGUGGUGUCAAAAGACUUGGAGACUAUUGUUUAUGACAUUGCUACUCGGGUUGAUGGUCCUGUCAAAGCUCCAGAGACAGCAAAAAAGCUACUGCGAGAUAUGGUCAAACGAAAUAUGGAGUUGAGCAUUACCAGGCUUCAGCUCAGAGCGGCAUCUUGCACCCCCAAAGCACCGCUGAUCUGAGAGCUCUUUCUCCUUCAGCUAGUUUACAGAUUUCUCAUUAGAAGACUGGGCUUGGGUCUUUGAAGACGGUAAUGGAUUGUUAACACAACAGUCUGAUAGAAUUGUAAGUUGCUAUGCCAUGUCAUUGUCAACGUCUUCAGUUUUGGUGUAUAUACGAGUUAUUUUGAAAUAUGUGAAUGUGCUUAUUGCUGCUGAUGCCAAAAUUUGCCAUCUGUUUCGCUAAAA